ACAACCGCAUUUUACAAGAAAAUUUGUUUAAAGAAACAUUUUCAUCAAAAUAUCGCGAAAAAAAUUGUUAUCCAACUUCAAUAACGAUCCCCAUCGAUUGCCGACAUGUCUCUGGCACUUUUGAACCAACUGAGACUUUGUGGCACUCGAAGAUCCGGGCAAUUUUUGACGAAACUUGGAGCUGUAAAUUUGUCGCAGAAAAAUUCAUCGUCAUUCAGCAAGAAUGGCAAUAAUAACAACAAAAAUAGCAACAACAAAGAACAAUUGGGCCAAUCAACAAUUUUGGUGCAGCAAGGUUGUGACAUUCAGGAAUUGCCCGUAAUUGUACGGAGAUUGGGACAAGAUGAAUUUGCGGCGUUUUAUUGUGACAAAUUGCCGAAUAAGGUUGAGGGGCAAACAACAUCCACGGAAUCUGCGGAAAAUACGACAAAAAGUUACAUUAAUGUCGAAGAAGUGCUAAAAAAUAUCGAAAAUAGUCACACUUCGAGUGGGAUUUUUAUGAUAAUUGACGCGAUGGAUGACCACGAUUUGGUUCCUGAAAUCGCCUUGCAUGCCUUAAGUAAAUUGACGAGAAUUGAAACAAUUGUGACCUUGAGAAAUUUGGAAGGAACGAUGAUUUAUCAACGAUUAAUUAAUUGUAUUGUGACAAAAGGAUCAAAUGCCUUGCUUUUAAACGUUCUCGGGGGCUUCAAAUCUUACUUGGAUCUGGACACAACAAUCGGCGGUAUUUGUACGGAACUUUUAAAACGCAGUGCAGAAAACGAAUUGAGUGUCGAGGAAACUUGCGAAGCGAUAAACAAGUUCGCGGAUGUCAAACGUCAUGCAAGUGCCGAACAAUUUUGGUCGAGUUUGUUGUAUCAAGAGCGAAAUUUGACCCACAAGAACAUUCAACGGGUUUACGCAGUGCUUCCUCACAUCAAAAUGAGUCGUCGUUCAAUCUUAUCGGUCUUAGAUAAGAAAAUUAUCACUGUUUGGUGGCAGCUGAAGACCGAAGGAGCGCUUGAAAUAAUCGAAUCGCUCGUAAAAUGUGACAUCGCUCCAUAUCGCACAAUGAAAACCCUCUCCCGAUGGGUCAAUACGAACAUCCAUGCGCUCGACGAGUCAUCCUUGCUCAGUAUUAUCGAGGGAUUUACGCAACUUAACCAUGCCGACACCCAAAUCGAGAAGGCUUUAGAGAGAUAUGUCAAAGCAAAAGGCGUUAAAAUCAAGUCACAGUCGUUAGUGGCAGGAUUACUUACUUUUUGUGCCAAAUUUCGCAUCCGGAAUCAUCAUAUCCUCAAUGGAUGCAGUGAAUAUUUCAUCACGAACGCAGAAAUCAUCGAACCAGGUUAUCUCAAGGACAUUUUCUGCCCGUUCGGGUAUUUGGACUACGAACCAUUGAACGCGAUGAAAUUUUGGCAAACUUUGGAAACGUUCAUCGAUAAAAAUUUCGUCAAAUUGAAGCCGAAUGACAUCAUCGACGUUAUGUUAGCAUGUGUUUAUUUGGAAAAAUUUCCCAUAAACUUCGUUCAUCGCAUCUUUAAUCCAUUUUUUUUAGACGCCUUGCAUAGUAGCAACCCUCCCCAAUAUUUACAUCUCAUAAGACGCGAUCUAAAAUUAUUUGACACAAGUUUAACGCUCGAAUGUGAUAGUUAUGGAGGUCCAAUGUUGCCCAAAGACACACACGUGAAGCCUCUGUGGCAAGAUGGAAGAAUUAAACGGAUAAUUAAUCAAAUUUCCGAUGAUCUUGCUGACAUCGCUGGAGGUCCCGAGUGUUUUUCAAAGUCUGUGGUGCUGUAUCAGUUGCCCGUGAACGAACUUUACAUCAUCGAUGCUCUUUUUCAUCCGAAAGGCAUGGGAAAUAUGUGGAAUUUUAACAUAAGGAAGGAACGAAAUAUUCACGUGGCAGUUCUUGUUCACAUACCAGAGUAUUAUGACUCGACGGGAGAAUAUCUGAUUGGGCCGCAGGUCAUGCGAAUUCGUCAAAUGAGGAAAAUGGGCAUGCGAGUUGUUACGCUGCAAUAUGAUACGCUUGCACGACUGAAAAUGUAUCCGAAAGACUUGAGGAAAUAUUUGGUGAAUCGCAUGAGGGAAGCCCUUCCUGGCAUUCCAGAACAUUAGAAGAUAAGAAUUGAUUAGUCGAUAUGCUGAAAAAUAAAAGAAAAAAAUGUUUUUG